AGGACACGACACAGAACUUGAAGCUGAUGCCUAAGUAAGCAGCUGGUGCUGUUAUUGGUGUCUUUGUUUUUUCACAUUCGUGGAUUGUACACACCGGUUGCCUACAAAAGGGUUUCUUUUCCGCUUUGUCAGUCAACAGUCCUACUUCGUCGGAACUGACACUGAAUCGAUCAUGAGAAAUACGGAGGAGGCAGAUGGAUUUGAUGGCGAGGCCUCCAACACUUCAAUGAUAUCGGGGGCUAGUAGUCCCUAUCAACCGACUACUGAACCUGUAAAUUCAAGAAAUGUCUUUGGGGGAAUAAAAUGCGACACGGGAUACCUUAAAUCAAAUUUUGGAAUUUUGAAACUAAUUGAAGUGGCUCUCUCUCUCAUUGCCUUCAUCUGCAUUGAGACCAUCAUGCUGUGCUUACCCUGUGGCGGCGUAUACUUCUACGAGUUCAUCAGCUGCAGUGCCUUUAUCAUCACUGGCUUCCUGCUCCUCAUCUACAGCCUCAAUCUGCACACAAAAGUGCCCCAUGUCAACUGGAGCCUCACGGACCUGGUAAACACUGUUAGCAGCACCUUCUUCUUUUUCUUGGCCUCCAUUGUGCUUGCAGCACUGAACCACACAACUGGAACAGAAAUUGUGGCUGUGAUAUUUGGCUUCCUGGUGACGGCUGUUUAUGCCUUCAACACAUAUUUGGUGGUGAGGCAAUGGCGCAAGGGUGAUGGGGGCUCCACUGGUGCCCAAACCAGUGAGUACACACGUGCUCGCACUGCUUCCCGGAGUGAUAUGGAGGCACAGCCUGAGCUCCAUUAACAAGCCAGUCUCCAACAGAAAGUGGGAGAAUCACAUGAUGCAGCUAUUUCUCCAGGCAAGUAGUCUUUCUUUGGGCUCUGGCCAUUGUCCCAGCCCUGAGGACUGUACAAUGCAAGACUGAGAUGGGACUGUUCUCCAGGAUAGUCAUUCAACUAAACUAAGUCUGAUGACCCAGUUCUAUCAACAGG